CUCAAAAUCCCAGGUUGCUAUUGACGUCAUUAUUCUUCGACGCUGACGACAGCAGAACGCGACAGAUUGAGGAAGAUUUACCAAAUACUUGUGGGUUGCUGUUACUUUUACAUCACAACCAGAUAGCAUUAUCGAAGUACUACACUAGUGAUGGAAGUGAGGCCGUAAACUAGUCUAUUCCUCGCUUAGCUAAAACAGAAACCCAAACCGCCUCUUCUGAGCUCUGCAAUCACGUAUGCAACAUUAAUUACAUCUCGCAGUGAAAUACUGCCGUGGAUCGUAACCAUGACUUUGAGCAUGGACAUCAGCGUUUCUUUUCUCAAGUGCGAACUCGCCUCUACUAUUGACCAGGCGGUAAGAUGCGCCAUCGAAACGGUUUUAAAAGAAACGGCGCGAGUUGUUGGAAUAAAGCUGGCCGUGGCUCGAAACGCAGCGGCAGAGUCGCACCGAGAGAACCAGACCCUGUGCGAGAGACUGGAGAUCUCCGAGAGCGAGCUGAAAGCAGUGCGCUACUACAUGACCGCGGCUGAAAAGAACAUCAAACAGUGUUUACUUCUCAACAGAAACCAGCUCGGGUCAAAUAUCGUGCGCCCAAACGCAGAAGACGCGCUUUUUGUGAUUCCGUCACGCGCUGCGGACGGAAGCCCCACGUUACAGGCGCAAAGCAGAGAUUCCUCCCGCAAGAGCUUCCGAAACUCACCGGGAAGAAUCCACAAUCCCAAAAAUCUCCCUAGUGUUGGCCUCUGUCUCCCCACGGUGCAGUCAGACUGGCCUCGGGAGUGCGUCAACCGCAGAGAGGCAAGAGGAGGGUCCUCAGGAGGCAACAGUUCAGCGCUCGCGAGUGACCCCACGACCUCACAAACUCUCGUGGAAAACAAUGCUGCUCUCUUCAAACCAGAAGAUGAGCCAGAGGGCCCGUUUUACAUCACUAAUGAGGGUGAAAAAGACAACAGUUCUGCAGUAACAGACAGUGAGAGGAGACAUGAGAAACCAGAAAAUCCAGACCCCUCCACAAACCCACCAGAGGAUCCAUCUGACAUGACAAAGUUUGAGUUUGAAAUGAGCACGCCAGCUGGGAAUGUUAAUGAGCUGGAGCUGAUACAGGUGAUGGAGGACUCUGAUGAAGUCCAACAGGGCACCAUUAAAAUCGAAGACGAUCCUGAUUCCCUUACAUUAGAGCCUCCUUCAUCAAAUCUAGCUGUAGCAUCUUCAUCCAACUCCAUGCAAGAGUUAGCGCGAAUCUCCUCGCCUUCGAUGCGGGAGAGUGAUGGUGAUGCUUUGCUGGCCUUGGCUGCACCUGUUAGUAGUGACUCCGGGUNCAGCAGGACUAUCGAGAGCCCUGAUAAAGUGCACCGCUGUAACAUUUGUGGCCGAGGGUUCAGACGUUUCUACUGCUUGAAAACGCACCAGCGCAUACACACAGGAGAGCGCCCGUAUCCUUGCAGAUACUGCGAGAAGCGAUUCCGCCAUUUGGACAGCUUACACAAGCACCAGCGCAUUCACACAGGAGAGAGACCGUACCGCUGUGCUGAGUGUGGAUGCUGCUUCAGAGAACUCGGUCAGCUCAAAAAGCACAGACUCAAACACUCACCCACAUUUGUUCCGGUGGCCAAUCCCACCUUCCCUCUCCUCCCAGCCGGACCCUCCUAUGUCUGGCCACAUCUCAACACACAGUCUUUGGAUUCAGUCUAGGCAUGUGGCGGUAUUUUCAAAGCAUGGUAAUUGUGGAAACUGGUAUGGUAUUAUCUGCUGGUAUUCAAUGAUGUUACAAAAACAGGUUGAAAAGAUAAACUUAUCCUCUUAAAUAUUCUCAAAUCAGGGACAUUAAAAAUAUAUUAAAACAACAAAAAAAUUAUAAAGUAACCAUGUUUCAAACGGAUUAAAGUACAAAAGAGCACCACUAUAAGGGACAAUAACAACAAAUUAAAAGAUUUUUAACCAUUAUCCAAAUAUAUUUUCUGGGCUGGUGUGUUUUAGUCCAGAUUAAAAUGUACAAGUGUAAACAAAUGCGUAUUAUAUAACGCUUAGUAUUAAAUACUCAAUAUUUGGUGGUGUUAUUAUAAACACCAUAGCAAAUACAAAAUCUGAAUGGUUGUUUUGAAAGCAUUUAAAUACUGUUUGACUUCAGUUCAGAAACAGGAAUUUUCAUAGCACUACUUUGUGUACACGGGUAACCACUGUAUUUCUGCUUUUCUGUAAGUGCCACAUACUGUCAGAGCAUGAAUUUGCAUUUCCAUUUGGCCUGUUUGCAGUGUUUUUCAAAACUUCAGAUCAAAGUGAAAAUCAGACUUAUUUUAUAUGCAGCAUACAUGUCAUGCAGUGUCAUACAUUUUAACUGGUUGAU